AUGAGAAAUCAAGUUGUUUUGCUUCUUGCUGCUGUAAUUGUUGUCCUUCUAACCUGGGGACUUUCCAUCAAUUCAUUUGAUCAUCUGGAGGAAGCAGGAUAUAUUCUUGCUACACUAAAUGGGACGAAGUGCAGCCUCACCAGAGUCUGUCCGUCGGACCAUUUUGCUUUACAAAUCAUCAGCGGAGCAGCUAAUGUUGUUGGACCAAAGAUCUGCUUCGAUGGUAAAAUCAUUAUGAGUAAUGUGAUGAAUAAUGUGGGACCAGGACUGAACAUUGUGGUGGUAAACGGUAAAAAUGGACAAGUGGAAAAAUUUGGCUACCUUAAUAUGGAUUUUGGAAAUGCAGAAUACAUCCUGGCGUACCUGAAGGAGAUCCAACCUGGAAUGAUUGUCUUGGUGGCCUCGUUUGAUGAUGUGACACCGAAAAUGACAGACGACAUGAGGGAGGUGUUUGUCGGAAUGGGAAGCACUUUGAUCAAGUCCGUAAAACCCAGAGAUAGUUGGGUGUUUGCCGGGCAAGCAGGGACAGAAAACAGAAGCGUCUUUGAGAAGCAAGCUGUUAAUGAUGAGAAAACCAACGUUUACGAAGGAUGGCCGGAGAGAGUGGAGAUGGCCGGCUGUAUCCCCAAGGACCCUAACUGA